AUCAAUAAGCACCUUAAAAUAACUCCAGCAACUUCCUUAAAAAUCUCUCCAAAAAAAGUGACAAAACUUUCCUUUUCUCAUAAUUCAAAAUCAUCAGAUUCAAUAGCUUGAAGCAAACAAAAACCCAUCAAUUUGUUCAUCUCUGAGUAGUGAGAACACAUACAUUAAGUCAAUUUUAGUAAGUAUGCUGCUACUACUGUCACUAUUAGUAGCAUUCACACUACUCUUUUCUCCAACCCCAUUAGUCCAUUCACACUACAACUGGUCACCUUCAUACUCCUCCCACGCGCCCUCCACUUUCCACUCCGAGUGGCGUCCCGCACGCGCCACUUACUACGCCGCCGCAGACCCACGCGACAUUGUCGGCGGCGCGUGUGGAUACGGUGACUUAGAGAGAACUGGAUAUGGUAAAGCUACAGCUGGGUUAAGUACUGUGCUAUUUGAUAAAGGUCAGAUCUGUGGUGCUUGUUUUGAAGUUAGAUGUGUUGAGGAUUUAAGGUGGUGUAUACCUGGUACUUCUAUUAUUCUUACUGCUACCAAUUUUUGUGCACCGAAUUAUGGGUUUGAGGUUGAUGGUGGUGGACAUUGUAAUCCGCCUAAUGCACAUUUUGUGCUGCCAAUUGAAGCUUUUGAAAAGAUUGCUAUUUGGAAAGCUUCUAAUAUGCCCAUUCAAUAUCGCAGAAUAAAGUGCAGAAAGGAAGGGGGAGUUCGAUUCACUAUUAGUGGCGGUGGAAUAUUCUUGUCAGUUUUAAUCAGUAAUGUUGCAGGCUCAGGUGAUAUAGUCGCAGCAAAAGUUAAGGGUUCAAGAACAGGCUGGCUUCCUAUGGGUAGGAAUUGGGGCCAAAACUGGCACAUUAAUGCUGACUUGAAGAAUCAGCCGCUUUCUUUCGAGAUGACUAGUGGUGAUGGGGUAACCUUGACAUCUUACAAUGUAGCUCCCAAGAACUGGAAUUUUGGUCAGACCUUUGAAGGCAAACAGUUUGGAUCUUAGAGCUCAUGCCAAAAUUGUAUCUAAUGCGCCUCUUCCUUUUUGAAUUGCCCAAGAUUAGCUAGCAAUGUUGGGCGUUUUGUUCGACUUCAUGUUGUGUCAGUGGCUAUCUUAUUUGGUUGUUGCAUUGCAAAGCUGUGCAAUUGUGUUGUAUGUUAUUCUUCUAUUAAAUCUUUGUGAGCUUGGAUGUAACCAGAGAAGAAACCUGCCACUUGGAAGACAAAGAUGUUCCUAUAUGCCUAUCUUGUAAUCGAGCAAUUGUUUUGCCAGUCAGAUGUUGCAGAACCUGAAUCAAAGUUGUUAGAAUUGUUGCUUUGUAGAUUAAGAACAUUGCUCUUUGACUUUGAUGAAAUCUAUGAGCAUAUCCUCACGAGUCGUGUGUCUUCCUGUUAAAAAUGAUUCACUUAUAAAAAGGAGACAAACGUUUCCCUGA